AUGGACGUUCUCAAAGUUUCUGACAAGACAACAAACCCAUGUAGAAGUGACUCUCUGUUUGGUUUGAACCAGCAACAAUGCAAAGAGACGUCUUAUGGUCACAGAGAUAUGGAGAUUCAUCCUCAUCCUCAUGUCACUACUCCUUAUGCAGGAAACGGAGUUUUGGGUUGUUAUUACUAUUGCCCUUUUACAAGCGCGCAACUCGCGGAGCUAGAGAGACAAGCGAUGAUCUACAAGUACAUGAUCGCAUCGGUUCCUGUCCCUUUCGAUCUCCUUGUCUCAUCAUCAUCAUCCUCUGCACCGCCCUGUAAUAAUAAAAACCUUUCCGGAGAUCUAGAGCCAGGGAGAUGUCGGAGAACAGACGGGAAGAAAUGGAGAUGCUCGAGAGAAGUCGUCUCUAAUCACAAAUACUGUGAGAGACACUUACACAGAGGCCGUCCUCGUUCAAGAAAGCAUGUGGAACUUCCUUAUUCUCGUCCUACUAACAACAAUGGUGGUUCCGGGAAAAACAGAGACCCCCCAAGUGUUCCUCAAAAGCAAUCUCUUAGUUCCAUAAAAGACAAAACAGUCGAGCCAAGAAAGGUUUCAUCCAGAGUAAUCGAGAUGUUUCCUAUACCAGCGUCAAAUGAGGAAGAGAACAAGUAUCUGAACUUUAUAGAUAUCUGGUCAGAAGGAGCAAGAUCAUCUGAAAUACAGAGUACUACAACGUCAACACCUGCUUCUUCUUCCAAUGGCAAUCUCUCUCUUUACUCGCUUGAUCUUUCCAUGGGAGGAAACAACUUAAUGGGUUUAGGGGUAAUCGGGUCGGGUGGUGAUGAUCCUCACGGUUAUGGUCAAUACGGUGUCGUGUCUUCUUCUCUUGAUGAGAUGUCUAGCUGGCUUGCUCCUACUUCUGCCACCCCCGGCGGACCAUUAGCGGAGAUAUUGAGACCGAACCCGAGUUCGAUGUUUUUUGUCGACAUUGAAUCGCAUAGCUUGACAGCGACUCCGAUCUCGUUGCCGUCCAGAGUGGUGAAGAAGGUGAUCGGUUCAGUGUCUGAUGAAAGCUGCCAAAUUUAG